AUGAUUAUCUAUCUCAGCCCAUUUAUAUCUAUCUCAGCCAGUUUAUAUCUGUCUGUCUGUCUAUCUAUCUGUCUAUUUCGUUCUUUUUCUAUCUCAGCCACUUUUUACCUACCUUUCUCAGUUUAUAUCUAUCUCAGCCCGUUUAUAUCUAUCUAUCUAUCUAUCUAUCUAUCUAUCUAUCUAUUCAAAACAGAUAUUCCCUUCUUAGAGGGGGAAUUCCUUGAGGGUUAUCUUUGUUUUUUUUUUUUUUGUUUUUUUUUUGGGGGGGGUCUUUCCCCCUCUCUCUCUCUCUCUCUCUCUCACUCUCUCUCUCAAUAUUUUCUGUUUCACUUUCUCAAUAUUUUAUCUCUCACAAUAUUUUCUGUCUCUCUUUAUAUUUUAUCUCUCGCUGUCUCUCAAUUUUCUUUCUCUCAAUAUUUUCUGUCUUCCUCUGUCUCUCCCCUUCUUUCAAUAUUUUCUGUCUCUAUCUCUGAUUAUUUUCUGUCUCUCUCUCUCUUAAUAUUUUAUAUCUCCCUCAAUAUUUUCUGUCGCUCUCUCUCUCUCUCUCUCUCUCUCUCUCUCUCAAUAUUUUCUCACUCGCUGUCUCUCAAUUUUUGUCUCCCUCAAUAUUUUCUCUCUCUCAACAUUUUCUCUCUCUCAAUAUUUUCUGUCUCUCUCUCUCAAAAUUUUAUGUUUCUCACUCUCUCUCCCUCCAAUAUUUUUUCUCUCUCUCUCAACAUUUUCUGUCUUCCUCUCUCUCUCCCUUUCUCUCAAUAUUUUCUGUCUCUCUUUCUCAAGAAUUUCUCUCUCAAUAUUUUAUGUCUCUCUCUCUCUCUCUCUCUUAAUAUUUUCUCUCUCGCUGUCUUUCAGUUUUCUCUCUCUCAAUAUUUUUUCUGUUUCUCUCUAUCUCUAUCUCUCUCUCUCUCUCUCCAAUAA